AUGCUCGCCUACACCAUCAUUGUCGCUGCCCUGUCCAGCUUGGCACUGGCCGCCCCUUCUACCGACCUCUCGGCCCGCCAGGAAGAAAUCCAGAAAUGCUGUUUCACUCUCGACAACGUCAACAAGCCGACGUUCAUCACCACUGGCGAUGGCGACUUCCUUGACACUCUGAACUGGUGCUUCCUGAACGUCAAGCGCGACCCUACCGAUCCCAACAACUGCUCCAAGGCUACCGCCCAGAUCUCCUCCGGCUACUGUACCGCCGGAGAUAAGGGUAUUGUCAUCGACUGCCCCGCCAGUUGA